AUGAUUGCUUAUCGAAUUAUCAUUUUACUACUCACAACAAUCUGUCUAUCAUUAAUUAUGGCAAAUAUUUUAACAUUCAAUUUUUGCAUUAUUUGCAUGACAUCGAAUAAUUAUGAAUAUGUUGAAGGCACAAUCAAAAAAUCGGACUAUAAGAACGAUUUUAACUCCACUUGGAAAGCUAAUCAAGCAGACAAAGCUGGUCUUCUACGAUUGAUUGCUAGUGAAUUAAAUUCUUGUGAGCAUCGAAACAAGCAGUGCACUAAUACUUCGAUGCAGGCAAUUUAUUAGCU